UGUACAAAUAGACUUCACUAGCUCCUAGAAAAAAAUUCUUAUUGUUAAGUUUCAUUUCAAACAGAACAGACCACAUUUUAAAGCUCGGAGAAAUUUAAUAAAUUUUACAACGUUACGGUAUCUGCUUAGUUUUAAUAGCAAAAUUAGUGAAGACAAUUCUAAAAAAGAGUAUCUUAAUGGCUGAAAACAUCGAAACUCUAACUGAACCAGUUUCAGACGGCUCCACUAUUGGCAGUUUUGAUGACACAGAUAAUAACCCUAAAUUCAGCACAGAACUAUCAGAGUUUGCAACAGAACCUGGUAAUUGUAUGGAAAAUGCAUUAGCUAAAGAACAAAAGGAACAAGAAAAUGACGAUGCAGCUCUUGGUGAUCAAAAGUCAUUUAGAGCAGCAUCAGUGGUUAUAAAAACGAGUAAUUUCAAACUUGAUAUACAAAAUGAUGUUGGAAGAGAUCAUAACUCUAAGCAACUUCAGAAUACAUCUCGUAGAGAAUACUAUCGUCGAGCCUCAAAUAAACGUCGAAAGAAUAAACAGCGCAAUUAUCGCAGAUCAUGCAUAUAUCGUGGUAACAAAACUUCGGAUAGAAUUUGGGAUGAUAAUGUACCAUUUUAUCAAACCACAAGAGAUGAUAACACCUUACUUAAUCGUCGUGAUGAUAAAUUUACAGAAAGGGACUUUAGAUCAUCACUUAAAAGUUAUAGGGAUGAUCAAUUAGCACCCCGAAGAGAUGAUAAUAGCUCUUGGUAUACAAAUUUAGACGAUGAAUAUUCAAAUAAGCGUAGUGAUGAUGACUUGUCUUCAAAACGCCUUGAUGAAAAUUCUUCGUUGUUAAAAAGUUAUAGAGUUGAUAGCUCUCAAAGACGCCGUGACGAAGAAUAUAUAAAUAAACAUGACAAACGUUUAGAUGAACGUCUUGAACAGUAUAAAAAAUCAUAUCAAUCUUACAGAGAUAAUAGAUUACAAAAGCAACGAAAUGAUAGUUCAAUACGUAAAAUUUCAGAUGAUAAUGUUUCCUUAGAUAAAUAUUGUACAGAUAAUUCAGUGUCCGACAAAAAGCGCAGAGAUACAGGAUCGAGAAAUCAAAGUGGUGAUGAUAAGUUAUCAUUUGAAAGUAACAAAGAUGAGAAUUUAAAAACACGCUAUGAUGAUAGUGACAAAUCAUAUAUGUAUCAUGAUGAUAGGUUUUUAUAUGAAAAUUACAAAAAUCACAACAAGUCGCCAAAGAAAUUUGUUGAUAAUAAUGUGACAGACAAGUAUCAAUCAUCAAGUAAGAGUAGUAAAAAUUAUCAACAACAGAAAGAGCGUAAAAAGGACACAUCUUCGCAUGAUAAUUCGUCAUCAGAUAGACGUUCAGAGUAUAAUCGUUUGAAAAGGCGGUUAGAUGAUAGUCUUUUACGUGGUCAUGUUGGUGAAAAUAUUUUUGAGAAUGACAUAUCAGUAACUAAAAAAGGCAAAUAUGACAAACCACUGAAAAAAUGCGAUGAUGAUAUCACUAAUAGGUGUGAUAUGACAACUUCACUACAAAGACAACGAACUAUUGAUAUCAAGCAAACAAAUCAAGAAAUGAAUUCUCCAACAAAGUGUGUGGACUCCUACUAUAAAUACUCAGAUGAGGAGAUCGCUAAAUCUAGAUAUAGUGAAGACAAACACAAGAAUACCGGAUGCUUAACAGAACGUAGUUACUCUUAUAAAAAACGAAAACGUAGUGAAGUAGGAAAUCACGUUGAUAACCCAUCGAAAAAAUACUGCGAGGAUAACUUGUUAAAGAAAUAUUAUGGAAAUGAUGAUAAUCAACUCUCUGAUGAUACUUUCGAUGAAGUCCAUGACGAUUUAGCUUCAUCACAUAAGGUUCAUAAUGAUACAAAACAGAUAAAACGUCGUAUUGAUAAUGUCCUCCAAAGUUUAGAUUCAAAUGAGACUUUAUCUGAUGAGACUCUGAAUCUAAAAAAUUGUGAAGACGAUAUAUCAGGAAAGCAAGUUGUAAAUAAAUCAACAAAAAAACAUGAAAACAUUAAUAUUUCUUUAGAUAAGUUGCGCAAAUAUCAUAAAUCAUCGCAUAAAAAUAUCGAUGCUGAUAAAGAUAAUGUUAAAGAUUAUCUUCAGAAUGUAAGUCUAGAUGAUGAUAAAUCUUUGAAGAAGCUUCGUAAAAAUUUAGCACGUUCAAUAAAAAACCGGAAAAAUGAACUUAAGAGUAAACGUAAUAGAAAAAAACAUGCGUCUGACUACUCUGUUCAUAGUGAUUAUGAACUCAUAGAAGAACAGCAGACGGCAAUUAAUAACUCCUCAUAUAAAAUAUGCAAAGAUUGUCAACCAAAACCAAAAAAUCAUCAAAAUCAGAUUGGAAAUGAUUUUGAUGAUAUGUUUUUAGAACAAAUUCGAAGAGAUGUUAUUUUAUCAAUGCAAAAUAGAAAAAAAAAGGAAUUAGAAGCUGGUAAUAUUUCUUCGAGCAGUUGUCCCUUGCGUGAAAUAUUUAAAGAUAAAUCAGAAGAGAUACGCGAUGAUAUAGUAUCAGAACAACAUCCUACCAAUAAUACUUCUACAAAUCAACGUCGCACAGGUGGGAGCACACACAGUAACCAAAAAAACAAAGAAAAUUAUAAAAAAGAAAAAACCAGCUUCGCUGUUCCCUCUUCAGAUAACUAUCACGAGAGCGAAACUUUAUCAUAUAAAGAAUGUCAAAGUGACGAAUUUCAGUUUGAGGGUGAAGAUAUACUAGAUUUACAUGAUCGCGAUUUUUGUUUAAGUAAGCAAAAUGCAGAUGAUAAUUCAUCACAUAAAACUGGCAAAGUUGAUAUAAUUGGAGAGUCAGAACUUAUUGGUGAUAACUCAUGUGAACAGAUUUUUAAUUUUAACACUUCAGACAAGUCACGCGUAUACUUAGAUGACACUUUUUCAAAGCAGAAACACGCAGAUAAUAAUCAACAGGUUGAUUAUAAUACUAAAAAUCAAAACUUAGACACCACACCUUCAUAUGAACUUCAGGAAGAUAUUGUAUCAUUAAUUAAAGAUCUGAAAAUAGAUUUACAGCAAUUUGAUGAUAAAAUAGAAAACCGUUACGCUAGUUCCUCUUUACAUAAGGGUCUUGAAGAUGAAAAUUUGUCGCAUAAUGUACACAAACAUAGCACAUUUAAAAAUGGUUCGCAUGAUAACAAUAAUUCAGAAAAACACUAUAAGAAGCCCUUAGAUACGUCACAUCCAAAUGUGACUACAUCACAUAGACUUUUCGAGAUUAAUAAUUUUCUUGUUGAUGAUAAUUGCCAAAGCAUAAAUCAUAGAACUUCAGAAGAGAUUCCUGGUGAUAAGAUUUCCUCAUUUGAAGAUAGCGAAUCUAGGAAUGAUUCAAAUGACAACAACAAUUCAGAUACACAGUAUAGGAAGCCCUCAAAUACAUCACGUCAAUAUGUGACUACAUCACAUAGACUUUUCGAGAUUAAUAAUUUUCUUGUUGAUGAUAAUUGCCAAAGUAUAAAUCAUAGAACUUCAGAAAAGCUUCCUGGUGAUAAGAUUUCCUCAUUUGAAGAUAACGAAUCUAGAAAUGAUUCAAAUGACAACAACAGUUCAGAUACACAGUAUAAGAAACCCUCAAAUACAUCACGUCAACAUGUGACUACAUCACAUAGACUUUUCGAGAUUAAUAAUUUUCUUGUUGAUGAUAAUUGCCAAAGCAUAAAUCAUAGAACUUCAGAAGAGAUUCCUGGUGAUAAGAUUUCCUCAUUUAAAGAUGACGAAUCUAAAAAUGAUUCACGUGUCAGUAACAAUUCAAAAAGACAGUAUAAGAAGCCUUCAAAUACAUCACGUCAACAUGUGACUACAUCACAUAGAUUUUUCGAGAUUAAUAAUUUUCUUGUUGAUGAUAAUUGCCAAAAUAUAAAUCAUAGAACUUCAGAAGAGCUUCCUGGUGAUAAGAUUUCCUCAUUUGAAAAUAGCGAAUCUAGGAAUGAUUCACAUGACAACAACAGUUCAGAUACACAGUAUAAGAAGCCCUCAAAUACAUCACGUCAACAUGUGACUACAUCACAUAGAUUUUUCGACAUUAAUAAUUUUCUUGUUGAUGAGAAUUGCCAAAGCAUAAAUCAUAGAACUUCAGAAGAGAUUCCUGGUGAUAAGAUUUCCUCAUUUAAAGAUGACGAAUCUAAAAAUGAUUCACGUGUCAGUAACAAUUCAAAAAGACAGUAUAAGAAGCCUUCAAAUACAUCACGUCAACAUGUGACUACAUCACAUAGAUUUUUCGAGAUUAAUAAUUUUCUUGUUGAUGAUAAUUGCCAAAAUAUAAAUCAUAGAACUUCAGAAGAGCUUCCUGGUGAUAAGAUUUCCUCAUUUGAAAAUAGCGAAUCUAGGAAUGAUUCACAUGACAACAACAGUUCAGAUACACAGUAUAAGAAGCCCUCAAAUACAUCACGUCAACAUGUGACUACAUCACAUAGAUUUUUCGACAUUAAUAAUUUUCUUGUUGAUGAGAAUUGCCAAAGCAUAAAUCAUAGAACUUCAGAAGAGAUUCCUGGUGAUAAGAUUUCCUCAUUUAAAGAUGACGAAUCUAAAAAUGGUUCACAUGAUAAUAAAAGUUCAAAAAGACACCAUAAGAAGCCCUCAAAUACGUCACAUCCAGAUAUGACUACACCACAUGAAUUUUUCGAAAUUAAUAGUUCUCUUGUUGAUGAUAAUCACCGAAAAAAAAGUCAUAGAACUUCAGAAGAGCUUACGGGUGAUAAGAUUUCUGCAUUUAAAGGUGACGAUUCUGAAAAUGGUUCACAUGAUCAUAACCGUUCAGAAAAACAGUAUAAGAAGCCCUUAAAUACACCACGUCAAGAUGUGACUGCAUCACUAUCUUCGCAUAAAGAACAUCUUAAAAAUAAAAAUAAAAAACAGUGCGAUAAGGAUAUGACUUUGUCACUAAAAAAUUAUAAUGGAGAUUCUCUGAAUUCAAACAUACAUAAUAAUAACAAGCCAUGUAACCAUUGGGAAGAUAAAAUCACUAGCAGAAAGAAGAGUGUUAGUAACACAGGAGAAGAAAAUGAUCACACUUCGAAAACACGUUCAGAUUAUGACCGGAGCACAAACAGUUAUGGCGAAAGUUCCGUAUCCAUUCGAAAUAUAAGUUGUAAGCAAAGUGAAUAUGAUAAUCGUAAGAUAAGAGAAAAUGGCGCCAACUCCCGUAGAUUAACAUCUCGUGAUGACAACUAUAGUAAUCAAAAUGAAUCUGUGAAAUGGGAUUGUACUAGUAGUAAUGCAAGAAACAGUUAUUCUUCUCAGUAUGAUAUACGUACUUCAUUUAGUACUUCAAAUAAGAAUAAUAUUUGUGAUGAUAGUAGUUACGGACAGUAUCGAAAUAGUUCUGGAUAUCGUUAUAAACAUGAUGAUAAGUAUAAAAGUUAUGAUAGUCGUAAUGGAAAUAAUUUCGUACGUAGAUACGACGAUGUUUAUAAUGAUAAGCGACGCCGACAAGAUAGAGAAGAGCGUCGUCGGCGCGAAGAGGAAGAACUUCAGAAACGUCGUGAGGAACGUAAAAAACGCCAUGCUGCGUUAGAGAAAAUUAAUAAUAAUGAAGAAGAUAAAUAUAAAACAGAACUAAAAAAAGAAAAUAAGCACGCAGAACAACAAAAACAAAGAGGACAAGAUAAAUCGGUAAUUGGAUAUAAAGAUAAAGCAGAAUGUAAAAAAGAUAGCACAGAGCAACCAGGAGUUAGCAGUAGAAAAGAAUCAAUCACACAAGAACAUGCAGUAAGCAGUAAUAAGACAUCGAUUACUAAAAAACAGGCAGUUAACAGUAAUAAGAAACCAAUUACUAAAGAAGCUACUAAUGACGCUACUUUUACUGAUCGUCAGGCUAGAAUAACCUCAAGUACAAGUCGAGCUAAAAGACCCCCGACUAAAUUACGUAUGACGCAAGAUAAAACCACAGACAAAUCCUCUGCAGAGUAUCAACGUAUUGCUUGGGAGGCACUUAAGAAAUCUAUAUAUGGUCAAAUUACUAAAAUUGAUGUUGACAAUGUGCUCAUUAUAUCCCACGUAUUGUUACGUGAAGAUAUUGUACGAGGACGAAACUUAUUUUGCCGUUCUAUAUUACUAAUCCAAGCAGAACAUUCAGACCUUACAAAUGCUUAUGCUGCAUUGGUGGCCAUCAUAAACUCCAGGUUUCCCAAUAUUGGAGAACUGUUAUUGAAGCGUUUAAUAUUUCAAUUUAAAAUCGCUUAUAGUCGGAACGACAAGCGCAAAUGUGUGACAGUAAGUAGUUUUAUUGGAGAUCUCAUCAACCAAAAGGUCGCGCAUGGAGUUCUUGGGUUUGAGUUACUCACACUGUUAAUUGAAACACCUACAGAUGAUUCAGUUGAAAUUGCCAUUGAUUUUCUUAAACAAUGUGGCAUAAGAUUAAGCGAAGUUUCGAUAACAGCAGUAGACUCUGCAUUCAAAUCAUUGAAGAAUGCGCUUGUCAAAAGUAAAUUACAUAAACGCAUUCAGUAUAUGAUUGAAGGGAUAUUUCAAAUUCGUAAGAACGGCUUCAGAAAUCAUCCACCCAUAAUUAAAAAGCUAGACUUAGUUGAAGAUAUGGACCAAUUUACACACCGCUUGGUAUUAAAUCCACCAGAAAGAUAUGAAACAGCAGAAGCUUUCAGCAAUGAUGACGAAUAUAAAAGCAAUGAAAAAGUGUACAAGACUCCACUUAGUUCAAGUAGUUCCCACCAUUCUAAGGAUAGAACUUCAGAUCGGUUUGACAAUUCAGAUUCAAACAACUCGAGUUCUUCUAAUGAUGAUAACGAUGAUGGCAACAAGAAUAGACAGAAGAUUAUCAUAUCCUUUCAUCGUACCAUUUAUUUGCUAAUAAAGUCCACAAAAGACUACGAAGAAUGUGUACACAUGAUUAUGGAAUUAAAUUUGAAACCUGAACACGAAAUGGAACUGUGCAAAGCAAUUGUGUAUUAUUGUGCAGAACACCAAAAUUAUACAAAAUACUGUGGCUUAAUGAGUAAAAAAUUGUGUACUAUCGACACAGCCUAUGUAUCACUGUUUGAACGAGUCUUCACGGACACAUUUAACAAUGUAAAUCGUUUCGAUGCUUGUCAUUUAGCUAAUGCAUGUAAGUUUCUUGCUCAUUUACUAUACACAGAUGUCAUUAGCUGGAAUGUUCUAGAACAUCUACAUCUUAAUGAAUUCGAAACAAGUUCCACAAAUCGUCUAUUCAUAAAAAUUUUAUUUAAACAAUUGACUGAAAAUAUGGGCUUUAAGAAAUUAAAUGCGAAACUAAAUCAGGAUGAAGUCAAAGAUAGGGUUACGCGUAUAUUUCCAAUAUAUUGUCAACAAGAUGCAUUGUUUUCAAUUAAUUUUUUUACUUCAAUCGGUUUGCGUGGUUUAAUCCAUGAAUUGCGUUUAUUCUUGAAUAGUAGUCCACAUUAUAAAUCAGGAAUUAAAUCAAAAAUUUCAGCAAUCGAAAAAGAAAAGUCUGGAUCAGUAAAAAAAACAAUUAAUUUAUCAUCAUCUACUGACUCUUCACGAAGCUGUUCCACUUCUGUGUCCUCGUCAUCAGAAACAGAUUCAAAAAUCUUAGCAAUAAAAAAAGGAAAACGUAAACAAUUAAAAAAUACUGGUGCAUCGUCAUCUACCAAAAUGCUCAAAUAUUCAACAUUAUCUGAUACUGAUUCAGAAAUCUUAGCAAUUAGAAAAGGAAAACUUGCAGCUUCAUUAUCAUUAAAAACGAAAAUUAAAAGAGGAAAAUCUAAGCCAUUAAAGAAUGUCAAUAAUUUGUCAUCUUCCAAAUUUUCGAAAAGCAUGACAAGGCCUUCUUCCUCGUCUUCAGAAUCCAUUCCAGAAAUCUUAGUAAUUAAAAAAGGUAAACCUAAACAAUCAAAAAAUACUGAUGUAUCAUCAUCUACUAAAUCGUCCGGAUCUAGCAGUUCCUCAUCAUCUGAUAGUGGUUCAGAAAACUCAUUAAAAAAUACUGAUUCAUCGUCAUCUACUAGUUCAUCUGAAAAUACUUUGUCUUCACCAUUACAUAAUAGUUCAAAAAUCUUAGCAGCUAAAAAAAAAAAAUCUGAAUCAUUAGAAAAUACUGAUGAUAAUUCAUCGUCGUCUACUGAAUCGUCCGGAACUGAUUCAUCUUCAUCAUCAGAUGAAAGCAGAUCUGAUAGUGCUCUUUAUUAUAAUAGAGAUCAAAAAUUUGAAGUAAACAGUCAAAAUGUUAUUAUUAUAAAGAAAGACUCAAGUGAACAAGAGUCUAAAGAUUCAACCAGCGAAAGUGAUGAGAAUAUCUGUCAAACAGUAGCACUUAUGGCAGAAGUUCAUGUAGAGAUACAGUUACCGAUGAUGAGAGGAGAAAAACCGUAACCUCCACAAACAAACAUCCAUGAACGCCUCAAAACACAGGAAUUGAGUGAAAGUUAACCGAUACCGUAACACUUAAUGAUUAUUUUUUUAAAUUUACCAACAGCUGCAUGGUCUGCAAACCAUGAUUUUUAUAAUUUUACAAUUUACAAUUAACUAA